UUUUUGCGACUUGAGUUCUUGUGUGAGCCCUUGUCCAGAAAGACCAGCGCUGGCUUUUAUAUUUCACAUGUGAUCAGAAUAAAUUCUUAUACUGAGACCAAGUGCAUCCUUAACUCGUCUUUGGAGCUUCCAAACAACGAACACAAAAAAGCCUUACAUAUCUCAUGUCGUUAUCGCGUCAAACUGGGAAACAGGAGUUUACGAAGAGUCAUGAACGCCACGCGAAGGUUUUUGGAGCCAUCCCUUCUGGUGUGUGUAUGCUUUUAAAAACCAACAGAGGCUCAAUAUUCACGAACUGACUCCUUUAUCUCCACCUGGAACACCAGCAGGAAAGGUGCUUAAGUCUGUUCACAGCUGAGAUUCUUGUCAAAGUUCACAGAGCUCCGAUAUGACUCCUCUGGUCCGGGUCAUUGUGGCAGGAGCUGGAUCUAGAGGGGAGAACUAUGGCCAUUAUGCAUCCAUCCACCCUGAACGCAUGAAGGUCGUUGGAGUGGCCGAUCCACGAAAAUUUGCCCGUACUAAAAUGCAACAUCAACACAAUAUUGCUGAUGAAAACAUAUUUGAAGACUGGCAGAGUAUGGCUGAAAGAGAGAAGUUUGCAGAUGCUGUGGUAGUUAGCACUCCAGACCGCCUUCAUAAGGAACCUGCAGUGGCCUUUGCAAAGAAGGGCUACCACAUUCUGUUGGAGAAACCAAUGGCAACAACACCUGAGGACUGCACAGCGAUUGUGGAGGCUUGUACUCAGAGUGGGGUGAUGCUUUCAGUGGGCCAUGUUCUCCGAUACGAUCCCACCAUCCACCUGAUAAAGAAGCUGAUAGAUAAAGGCGCCAUAGGUGAUGUGGUUCAUAUUCAGCACUUUGAGCCGGUUGGGUUUUAUCACUUUGCUCACUCAUUUGUUCGCGGAAAUUGGAGAAAUGAAGCUGAGAGUUCGUUUGCUCUUUUGGCGAAAUCGUGCCAUGACAUUGACCUCAUUCAUCACUGGGCUGGAGCACGAAGGUGUGUUAAAGUGUCAUCAUUUGGAUCCCUCAGUCAUUUCCGAAAAGAAGACAAGCCACCGGAAGCUGCAGAUCGCUGUGUCGAUUGUCCAAUAGAAGCAGAAUGUUCAUACUCAGCCCGCAAAAUCUAUCUGGAUCGUGUGAAAAGGGGUCAAACCGGGUGGCCUGUGUCGGUCAUUUGUCCAAACUCGUACCCAGACAUCGAGUCAGUGACCGAGGCCCUGAAAACUGGACCGUACGGACGCUGUGUCUACGAGUGUGACAACGAUGUGUGCACUAACCAGGUUGUUAACAUGGAGUUUGAAGGAGGAGUGACGGCUGCAUUUUCUAUGGUGGCCUUUACCGAGAAGAUCUGUGACAGACAGACAACCAUCUAUGGCAGCAAAGGCGAGAUGAGGUAUGGCGGGCAUGAUGUUUCUGUGUUUGACUUCCUGACCCAGAGAUGGAACGUACAUCACCCACACCCAGAUGCCCUCAAACAUUAUGGCAUGGGUGGACAUGGCGGGGCAGACUAUCACCUGAUAAAAGCCUUCAUUUCUGCUGUCGCGAACAAUGAUCCGUCCCUGAUUCGUUCAGGUCCAGAGGAGACGCUGCAGAGCCAUUUGCUGGUGUUUGAUGCAGAGCGUUCACGAGUGGAGAGCAGGGUGGUGUACUGUGGGGAAAACGACUCGGACACAGCUGAUGAAAGAAACAAUAUCAGAUAAAUCACUAUCAUCACCUAAAAAAAAAAAAGGUCCAAAAAUUAACAUUGCACUCAUACUGACAGAUCGUAAUAUCACUCAGAAAUUUAAAUAAUCCCUGUGUAAAUGUCAAUUGUACUGUGAUAUGUGUGUAAUAUGUCUUAUGAAUGUAUUAAAAUGUAGGAGUUUGUGAUAUAUAAAAUGUUCUGAAUCAUAUUUUUUCUAUUAAAUUGCUUCUCAUUUCAACCCCAACAC